AUGCAGCAACCCAAGAUGAUCCUCGUCAAGCGCCAGGUCAACCCAGCAGCCUUCUCGGGGGUGACGGAUCAGAUCUCCAACGCGGGCAGUGCGGCGGGGUCCAAAGCGGCCGAUGCGACCUCGGGUCUCAGCCGCGUGCAGCUAUCUGUGCUGAUCGUGUGCAUCGUCGUCGGCCUGGUGGCGGGCGUCGCAGCGUUGUUCUGGCUCUGCUCCUGCUCGCGUCGUCGCAAGCGGGCGAGGGAGAUGAGGGAGAGGUCCGACCUGUUCAAGUCGACACCGACGAGCGAGAGGAUGCCCGCAUACAUCGCCGCGCCCGUGGACAAGAGGCCGUGGAGCAACGGCGGGUAUGGAGAGAGCAGCGUCGCCCUCAACUCGAGCAAUGCUAGGUAUGGACAUGGAAAUGCGUACGGCCAGCCAGCUCGACCCAUGCCCGCCCAGCAGUCGUAUCGCUUCUAG